AUGUGUUCGUGUUCUCCGGUUGAUAAGAUAUUUUUCUGUUUGACAUUAACGUUUUAUCAUCAGUGACGUACUCAACUGUCAAUAGCGUCGAGAAACUUAAAAUGCACUUAAAAUCAAAAAUGUGAACAGGAAAAAAUAUAAACUCAUGAUUAUCUGCCAUGAGUACGUUCAAGGACAGCAAGUUACCUACCGUUUCAUAUGAAUAUCUAGGGAAAUUCAAAAGACUAUUGCAUACAUUUCACGAAGCAUUUACAAUUGAUCACGUCGACUUAUCAAUUAACCACGAACUAAUAUUCGGUUAUUAUCAGCGAGUUUUAAAGCAUCCGAUAUUUCGAAAAUGCCACUACAUUGAGAUUUUUGGAUUACGAUAUUUCAUCUCUCGUGAUCAGUCGGACUUUCUAUUGAAUAAUUUUUAUCUCAAGCGCGGGCUUUUAACACAAUGCUUUCCAAUAAAUUAUUGUGUUGCAAAACUAAUGUUUGUACCGUACUUCCUCUAUCCGUAUUAAAUCAUAUUCUUAAAGUUGCAAGAAGUACGUCAGCUGAAUAUUUUACAAGCGGAAGAGCUAACUAUAAAUGACAUGGCACAGAUGAAUUGCGAAGUACUUAUUUUAGGGAAACACCAAUUCAUAGCAAAUAGCAUAAACAGGUUAAUUUACCUAUGGUUGUGUGGAUAUAUGAAACAAUUGAAACGGUUUCGACUAAAUACCUUCGAAGACACGGUUGCUCAUAUCCACCACUGUCUUAAGUUCAGGUUGGAAGGCGUCACGUAGAGGAUGGGAAAGACAUUGAGAGAAAGGAUGGAACACUUGCUACAUUACUAAUCGCCGAUGGUUCUCUCGACUUCAUCGUAUGGCACGAAAGAUUCCCUAAAAAUCCAUUUAUUUGA